AUGUUAAAGAUGAUUCGCACGUACAAAAGAAAGACUGAUGCCGGAGAAUGGUCUCAAGAAAAAAUGAAAGAGGCUGUAAAUAAAGUUCAGAACAAAGAGUUGACCUUACGUAAGGCUGCUGAGAUUUUUGCAGUACCGUUCACGAACUUACAGAGAAGAGUUACUUCGUCCAGGGGUAUUAUUAAGCGUCGAGGUGGACAGCCAGCUUUAGAGGAGAACGCUGAAAAGAAGUUAGCUGACCGGCUGUUGCACUUGGCAAGUCGUGGCUUCGGAAUUACACCCAAAGCGGUACGUAAGUACGCGUUUGAAUUUGCAGAACGUCAAAACAUGGAACACAAAUUUGACAGAAAUGCUGGAAUGGCUGGCCAGGACUGGUUUCAUCGCUUCAUGCAAAGAAAUAAAAAAUUAACUAUUCGGAAGCCGGAGGGUCUGUCAAGAGCAAGGAUUGAUGGUAUGAAGAAGGAAAAAGUGACAGAAUUCUUUAAUACUUUGAAAACAGUAGUAGAUAUCAACAAUUUAAGAGGAAGACCUGAAUGUGUAUACAAUGUUGAUGAAACGGGGAUGCCGCUUAGUAACCGCCCACCCAACAUUAUAGCCCAAAAAGGUGCUAAAGAUGUUGUCAGCAUGACCAGUGUUGAACGAGGUGAAAAUGUAACCGUUCUAGCCUGUAUGAAUGCAGCAGGACAGUACAUACCUCCAUUUGUUCUAUUCAAAGGUGUGCGUAAACGUGACGAUUUUCUUCUAGGUAUGCCACCUGGUACUGAAGUUGCCAUGACAGAAAAAGGCUGGGUCACCGAAGAAGCUUUUAAGUUGUGGCUGCAACAUUUCAAUCGCUACCGGACCCCAGGAAAAGUAGUUCUAAUUUUAGAUGGGCACGCGUCUCACACCAGCUACUCAGUGGUAGACUUGUGUGACUCUUUCGAAAUUGAACUUGUACUUCUUCCUCCACACACAUCACAUGCCCUGCAACCACUUGAUGUAUCGUUUUUCAAACCGCUCAAAACCUAUUAUCACCAAAAAGCUACAUCAUGGCAACAUUCAUAUCCGAAUCAAGGAAUCACAAAAGUCGCUUUCGGAGCACUUUUCCAACAGGCUUGGAAUCAGGCUGCCACUGUUGGGAAUGCUACAAAAGGCUUCGAAAAGACUGGAAUAUUUCCACUAAACGCCAAUGCAAUACCUGACCACAAGUUCAUCGGUGAUCAAGAAUCGGAUAUUGUAGAGUCCCAAGUCCAGUCCUCAAGUUCCCAACAAAAGCAGCUACAAGUGCAAGCCACAAAUACACAACCAGUAGCUGAUACAGUGUCAUCUGCAAGUUCACGACAGUCUGACAAAGCCCAUUCUUCCACCUGUGCAGAUGAAGAAAGAAAGAAGAUGAAGAAUAAAGCAACGCCUGGGAUUAAAAUUAAGAGUUCAUCAGCAAAACAGAGAGAGUGUCGAGUGCCCCAAGUCCAAUCCUCAAGUGAAGAACAAGUGCAGUCAAAAAUAAAGGUCAAAGUUCAAGCUACAAAUACAAAACCACUCGAUAAUAUAGUGCUAUCCACAAGUUCGCAACAUUCUGACAAAGCCCAGCUUUCCACCUGUGCAGAAAUAAUUAAAGAAAUUCUUCCAUCACCUUUAAAGUCACCAAUUGCUUCUAAAAGAAUUCGUAAAGUUUCAAAACUGGUCUUGCAUUUAACAUCACCUCAGAGUAAGACUACUCUUCUCGAAAAAGAAACAAAGAAGAAAUUUAAGGUAGACAAUAAAACCAAGGAAAACAAGAAAAAGGCUGUGGGCAAAGAAAAUACUAUGAAAAAGAUGAAAAAUAAAGCAAAGCCUGCGAUAAAUAUUAAAAGUUCAUCUGCAAAACAGAGAGAGUGGCACUGGAUUUACUGUUCCGAAAUAUUCGUUCAUCCACCAUCAGAGGAUUGGAUUCAGUGCAAUGCCUGCGAAGAAUGGUGCCACGAAAAAUGUGCUAAUAUGGGGGGGGAAAAAAGGACCAUAUAUAUGUGCAUUAUGUGCCAAUAA